CAGCAGGCAGAGUCCAUUCGCCAAGGGAAAGGGUUAAGUCUCCCGCGCUCCUGUGGGCGGGCUCGGCUAUGAGAUCGGCAGCGCUGGGCUCUGCUGGCCGAGCCUGAGCAUCUUCGAGGAUGCAGUGCCGGGAGAGGCUGCAGGGACGCGCGCAAGGUGAACGCAGGGCUGCGGGUGCAGCGCGCAGAGUGACCCAGUGAAGCCUAGAAGUCAAGGGCUCUACACUCAGGCAUUGAAUUAGACCAUGGCCUCCAGCCCACAGGGCUGUGUAUCUUGCCUCCUUCUGCUGUUGCUGCUGCCAUGCCUGGGGGCUGGCCCUGCCUUGGGCAGAGGCCUUCCCAGGCCACUUGAGAACUCAGAACCUCAUGUGAUCCCACCAGAGCCACAGACCUUUGACCUCUUCUGGGAGAAGCAGAGAAAUGAGAGUUUCCAGCCCAGUGGCAUCUCCCAGGCUCCUGUUGAAGGCCCUGAGAGGCCUGCAGACUCUCCCCUAGGACCAGCCCUGCCUGGACCCAAAGCAGCCCCUGGAGUCCAGGGUGAAAGACUCCUAAUGGCUGAUGACCUUCAGCUGGCCCAAACACUCACCUCCCAAGGCUGGACAGGACCUCCAGAUUCGCAGGAGCUUCUAGAGCCAGAAGCACCAGACCCCCAUCCAAUGGGAGCACCUCACCUCACUUUCGUCCCAACAACUCCCAGCCCUCAACUCAGGGUAUCCAUACUUCCCACUGCCCCACAGAAGCCUGGAGGCCCAGUAGGACAGCAGCCAGCUAGGGAUGAGGGUCUAAUGGCCAAAGGUAAGACCCACAUAACACAGGCUUCCCCCUGGGACCACCAGGGUUCUCCCCACACUCUGGUACCCGAGACAGGUGCUGUGAGGACGCCGAUGCUGGGGAGGCAGGAUGGACAUGAGGGGGGCUUCCUGGAGGCUGUCCAGGGCCCCUUACUCACCCUACAGGAUCCAGUAGUCCCUGAGGUGAGCCCAACACCCCCAGCUGAGGUGGCAUCCACUCAGGAUCCUGGAGACCAGCUAGACCUAGCAUUGGCCAGAAGCCUUCCUCUUCCUGAGGGGCUGCCAGCUGAACCACCUCAAAAAGCUGGAACUGGGGAUAGCUGGGAAGUCAGCUCUCUGGGACCCCCACCUGAACAGACUGACCUCCUUGGUGGACAAGAUUCUGCAACACCCCAGUCCUUACCACCCUCAGCCUCAGACACUUCUGAUGGACAACUAAGGCCAGGAAUAGCCUCGAUGAAUGGAGUAGACCCCAUCUCUCCCCAGAGAGUGAGAGGAGCGAUGGAGGCUCCAGGAACCCCCAAGUCCUUCAUCCCUGAACUCCCAAACUCUGCUCAAGCUGCAAAUGGAACAGAGAGCCCUGUGAGGGCCCGGCAGCCAGAUGAAGCCGAAGAAUGGCCGGGUCGCCCACAAAGCCACCCUCCAGCACCCCCUGUACAGGCCCCCUCGACAUCUCGUCGUGGCCUCAUUAGAGUCACCACACAGAAAGCCCUGGGCCAACCACUCCCUCCGGAGCCCUCAGCCAGCUCAAUGGCUCCAGCCCUAGCUUCUAGCCCCCCAGCCAAUGCCACCGCACCUCCUCUGCGUUGGGGACCCCUGAGGAGGGUGCUCAGUUUUUCCUGGGAGCUUCAUGUGUAUGGGGUGGGCGUGCUUUUCCUGCUUCCAGCAUUAUUGGCAUUGGUCACACUGGCAGCCGCCCUAGCAGGACCCCGACUGGCACUAGUGGCUGCCCUGCUGGUGUUGGUGGCUUCAGGGCUGCGAUCUGUCUACAUGCUCACUGAUCCUUACGGCUCUCAGGCACGGCUGGGAGUACGAGCUGGCCUGGUGCUAUACAACUUGCCUUUCCCCUUGCUACUCACUGCACUGGCAGCACUCACCCUGCUAGGCCUGGGUGCAGGUCUGCCACAGCCUCUGCAGAAGCCGCUCCUGCUGGGAGUUGUAGCACCUGUACAUGGCGCAGGUUUGCUGGCCACAGACCUGUUCUCCACCAGGCCUGUGCUCAACCUUCUGACACAAGGCUUAUCUUGUGCCUGGGGCGCGUCUGUGGCUCUGGGCACACUCUGCCUGUGCCGUCGCCGCCUGCUGGAAGGCCCUCGGGGCUGGGAUGCCAGUCCAGGGCCCCGGCUGUUGGCUGUGGCGGGCUCAUUGGGGCUCCUGGCCAGUGGUCUGCAGUUGGCGGCUUCGCUUUGGCUGUACCCAGGGCCUGGGCGAGAAGGUCGCUUCUCUUGGGCUUGGUGGGGCGUGCACUUCUGGCUGCGCCUGCUGGAGCUGACCUGGGCACUGGCACUGGCUCUGGCUGCUCUGGCCGCCACACGUCCCAGGCCCCCAACGGAGCACGCUUGCUGGGCUAAGCUGCUGCGCCUAGCAUGCCCCGCGCCCACUGGCAAGAGCGAAGUGCCCGAGAGACCGAAUAACUGCUAUGCGGGGCCCAGUAGCCUGGGCACAGGCGGCCUGGACAUCAGCAAAAGUCUCAUCCGCAACGCUGCAGAAGGUGGGCUUCCCUCCACACCUGGUUCUGGACCCUGGGGUUCAGCUGCAUCUCUGGGUCGUGGUCGCCCGAGUGGCCCGGGUAUGUCCCGGGGCAGUGUGGGGCCCGCACCGUCAUUGAGCGAGCUGGAUCUGCGGCCGCCAUCGCCCAUCAAUUUGAGCCGCAGCAUCGAUGCCGCGCUCUUCAGGGAGCACCUGGUCCGAGACAGUGUGUUCCACCGCUGCGGCCUCCGCGGCCUAGCCUCCUCGCCGCCAGGGGGUGCCCUGCGGCCACGCCGCGGCAGCCAGCCCGACGCAGAGCUCGAUGGCGCGGGUGCCUCGCUGCUCCGAGGCCGCUGCCGCUCGCUCAGCGAGGUGUGCUUGCGCGCGCCGCUCCCGCAGCACGUGGUAGACCCGCCCGUCGGCGCAGCGGCCGCGGGGACUUCGGGCAGCUCCCUGGACAGUUUCUCCAAGGGCUCGCUCAAGAUCAGCUGGAACCCGUGGCGUCACGGGCUGUCGUCCGUGGAUAGCCUACCCCUAGAUGAACUGCCCAGCACAGUGCAGCUGCUGCCACCACCUACCCCAGCCCCGACUCCUGCGCGGGCUGGAGAGCCUCAAGGCGAGAGCCAACCGUGCAGCAAGCCCAGCGAGUCCCGCAGCGCCUCCAGUGACACUAUAGAGCUUUGAGCAGCUACUAGGAGGACCUGGACCCACUCCUCAGAGUCCGCAUAAAGUGGAUGAGCCAAGACAGUUGAGCAUUUGAA